UAUACGUACCUCAUAGGUAGGUACCUACCGUAGGCAUAUACCUACUCGAAUGGCUUCCUGUAAUGUAAUAUCUUGCGUAAUCCAGUAUCGGUUUUUAUGAUACUACUGAUGAUAAUAUAAAAAGCACGUCGUAGGUAUCUAUAUUACUGCCAUGUCGGUGCUACACCCCCUUUUCACUCUUAUUUACCACACUAUUUCAUCAUCAUGAACAAUCGCGUCAAGCCGGUUCUUGACACGAAGGCCACUGAGGCCCCUAUUUACACUACUUCCAAUGGCUGCCCAGCAAUAAGACCAGAGGGCUCUCAACGAGACGGAAAUAAUCUCCUGCUGAAGGAUUUUCACCUUAUUGAUCUCCUAUCACAUUUUAAUCGAGAGAAAAUCCCGGAACGCGCCGUUCAUGCCAAAGGUGCGGGUGCAUAUGGCGAGUUUGAGGUUACCCAUGACAUAUCCGACAUAUGUAAGAUCGACAUGCUGCUGGGUGUUGGCAAGAAGACCCCUUGCGUGACUCGGUUUUCUACAACGGGUCUCGAACGUGGAUCAGCUGAAUCAGUUCGAGACCCCAAAGGCAUGGCGGUCAAGUUUUUCACAGACCAGGGCAACUGGGAUUGGGUGUGUUUGAACAUUCCCAUGUUCUUCAUCCGUGAUCCCAUCAAGUUCCCUGGCAUGAUGCAUGCUCAACGCCGGGACCCGCAGACUAACCUCGUGAACCCCAAUCUAUGGUGGGAUUGGGUGUGCAAUAAUCACGAGUCAUUACAUAUGGUCCUCUGGCUUUAUAGCGAGUUUGGCACCAUGUUCAAUUAUCGUAGCAUGAGUGGGUAUGUUGGACACGCCUACAAAUGGGUCAUGCCAGACGGCAGUUGGAAAUACGUUCAUUUCUUUCUUUCCUCCGACCGCGGACCAAAUUUUACUAAAGGCGGGAGAGUCCAGGACGUAUCUCCUACGGACCCCGACUCCGCGACAAGAGACCUUUUUGAGGCGAUCGAAGAAGGGGAUUACCCGACCUGGACGGCAAAUGUUCAAGUGGUAGACCCCAAAGAUGUGCACAAACUCGGUUUUGAUAUUCUCGACCUCACCAAGCAUUGGAACCUAGGGAAUUAUCCCCCAGACAUCGAUGUGAUACCAUCGCGACCAUUUGGGAAAUUGACAUUGAAUCGCAAUCCGGAAAAUUACUUUGCUGAGAUCGAGCAGCUGGCAUUCUCACCUUCGCAUCUCGUCCCCGGUGUCGAACCGUCUGAAGACCCUGUCUUACAAGCGCGUAUGUUUGCUUACCCCGAUGCUCAAAGAUACCGCCUUGGUGUGAAUAACCAGCAAUUGCCUGCCAAUCGAUCCAAAUGCACUUUCAACCCUCUCCUCCGGGAUGGUGCAGCGACAAGCACGCCCAACUACGGUCGUAUUCCGGGACAUGUGACGAAUUAUCACCCUAUGAAAUUUAGGCAGCGAAAGGAGUCUGACAUGGAGUUUGACACUUGGACGGCUAGAUUAUCCUCCAAGCCAUGGCUAGAGGUCAACGAACUAGACUACAAAUUCCCGAGGGAAUUCUGGAAGGUGUUGCCUACGCUACGAAGCCCCGAGUUUCAAAACAGUAUUGUUGAGAAUAUGUCAAUGUCUUUGGCCCAGACGCACAAAGAGAUCAGGGAGAGAGUUUUUGAAGUACUUGAACUGGUUGCUACUGACCUUUCAGAGCGUGUUCGUACAGGUACGGAGAAGCUUGUUAGUGAGAAGGCCGUCGUUUCACGAGGAGAAAUGGGGGCUUCCAAGUUGUAAUCAACUCAGUAUGAUGGAUUUUGGCGUAAACCUCUAGGUUUGGUACUUAGAUACCUAUCUUAUUCAGUCAUCAUAUAACCACAGUGAAUUCAGAUGAAGUGUAUGAAGCUCUUUAUUCACUACUAGGAGUUAAGUAUAUCUCUAAUUUGGCUGCUGGGAUUUUGAUGCAAAACUUGCAAGGCAUCACCGAAAUUAGUUAUUAUCCACCGCAUUUUAUCUUCUUUCACCACAUCGGGG